AUUCUUUUCUUGUCCGGCAUUUGCUGUCCAUCAGCGGAGUCAAGCUUCUUGCGUCUGGAGAGCGAGGAGAGAUCUUCUCUUUUGUUUUGCUUUUAUACAACUUUCUUUCCUCUGAUAACAUCACUGGGAACAUGACCUCUAAUUCCAAUUUAUCCAACAUGCGACGGCUGGUGGAACAACUUAAACUCGAGGCCAGUGUGGAAAGAAUUAAGGUGUCCCAGGCAGCAGCAGAGUUGCAGCAGUUCUGUCUGCAGAAUGCAGGCAAAGAUGCCCUGCUGGUCGGAGUCCCUACAGGCAGCAACCCUUUCAGAGAGCCGCGCUCCUGCGCUGUGGUGUGAAGUGUACGAAGACGUGAACGCAACUGUGGCAUCUUCUGCAGAGAAAAAGAGAUUUCUGCAUUUUGGCUUUUUACCCAUAUAUGUUUUGUCUAAACUCUUAAUUUUUUAUAUAAGAAAAUAGACCCUAAUAAAAUAUACCUUUGUUAUA